CAAUACUGAAACAACAGUAACGGCUUUUUAUCUAAGCGAUUCGGCUGUGCGAUCCGCAAGAUUGAUAUUUCGUCGUGAAAAAUCCAAGAUAUAUACAUUUCGUGUGGGCGAAUAAAACUUUAACUCGCCAUUUUUAUGGGUGCAUUUCUGCUGUGAUUUGCAUGCAAAUUUUGGCAUUCGCCAAAAACUCUGAAACUAGUGCCAUAUAAAUAUUUAUUGAAUUGCAAAUUAAACUAUUAUUAUUAGAACGCACGCAAACGCUAACAAUGAAGAACUGAAGGGGACAAAAUUAAAUUUGAGGUGUGCGACGCGCGCCAAAGUCAAAGCCAGCAAAAUCACAUUUCCGGUGGCCACAAAUCGUUUGAGCCAAAUUCUAUAGAGCAGAGACAAAAAACGCAUUCCAUUUGUAAUUGGGCUAUUUGCGCCCCCUUUCAACCGUCAAUCGUCAACCGCCAGAGUGUGUUUGUUUUGAUUUGUUGACACCACCCCGGACCGAAAAUGAAGGCGAACCCGGCCUCGGACCACGUUUACUUCAACGACGGCUUCAAGUGCUCAACGAUCAGCAUCAGCACCAACCUCACGGAACCCACUACCAAUGGGAGUAGCAACAGCGUGGGAUUCCAGGGAUCCAAGGAGUUUAUCUUAACCGAGGACGGCAAGAAGGUAAAACCCCCGCUGAGCACACUGGACUGCACCAGAAGUUGGCUGCAGGACUGCAAACGGCGCACCUUCAACCGCAAGACACUGCAUAAAAGAUUGCCCAUCUUUGGAUGGCUCCCCAAAUACAACAGUCAAGAUGCAGUGGGCGACUUAGUGGCGGGCAUCACAGUGGGCCUCACCGUGAUUCCGCAGGCAUUGGCCUACGCGGGCAUUGCCGGACUACCCGUAGCCUAUGGCUUAUAUGCCUCCUUUGUGGGCUGCUUCGUGUACAUUUUCCUGGGCAGCUGCAAGGACGUGCCUAUGGGUCCCUCGGCGAUUGUGGCCCUGCUCACCUACCAGGCGGCCAAGGGGUCGUGGCAGAAAUCGGUGCUCCUGUGCCUGCUCAGCGGAAUUGUGGAGCUGCUGAUGGGCCUUUUUGGCCUAGGAUUCCUCAUUGACUUUGUCUCCGGUCCCGUGUCCUCCGGCUUCACCUCCGCCGUCUCGUUGAUCAUCCUCACCUCGCAGAUCCAGAGUGUGCUGGGCAUCACUGCCAAGGGCAACACCUUCGUGGAGAUCUGGACGCAGGUGUUCCACAACAUCGGGGACACGCGGGCGGGUGACACGGUGCUGGGACUCACCUGCAUAGUGGUCCUGCUGCUCAUGCGCAGUCUAUCGUCCUGCCGAAUUGGACCAGCGGACCCGGAGGAGUGCUCACCUUUCCAGCGUGCCGUGAACAAGAUCCUCUGGAUUGUGGGCACCGCUCGCAAUGCCAUCCUGGUGGUGGUCUGCUGCCUCAUGGGCUACCUGUUGCACAGCGAGGAGCACGGAGGAGCUCCUUUCCGGGUGGUGGGCGACAUUCCACCCGGACUGCCCAGUAUCCAGUUGCCACCCACCUCGCUGAGCGCCAAUGAGACGAGCAAUGGAGUGGCCCAGAGUUUCGUGGAGAUGGUACACAGCAUGGGCUCUGGCCUGCUGGUGAUUCCCCUCAUCUCGCUCAUGGAAAACAUAGCCAUAUGCAAGGCCUUCGCCAAUGGCAAGUCGGUGGAUGCCUCCCAGGAGCUGAUUGCCAUCGGAACGGCCAACAUCUUCAACUCCUUUGUCCAGGGCUUUCCGGGCACUGGAGCCCUUAGCCGUGGAGCAGUCAAUAAUGCCAGUGGAGUUCGAACGCCCCUUAGCAACAUCUAUUCGGGUGGUCUGGUGAUGAUUGCCCUGCUCUUUCUCACCCCCUACUUCUACUUUAUUCCACGACCAACCCUCGCAGCCAUCAUUAUAUCUGCAGUGGUGUUCAUGGUCGAAGUUAAGGUCGUCAAGCCUAUGUGGAGAUCGAAAAAGAGCGAUUUGGUGCCUGGAGUUGGAACUUUUCUGGCCUGUCUUGUUUUACCCCUGGAAUGGGGCAUUCUCAUUGGAGUUGGACUCAAUGUGAUCUUCAUUCUCUACCAUGCAGCGCGUCCCAAGCUGACAACUGAGCUGCUUACCACACAGUCGGGUGUGGAAUACUCCAUGAUCACCCCCGAUCGAUGCCUCAUCUUUCCCUCCGUGGAUUAUGUGAGGAACCUGGUGAACAAGCAGUCCAUGCGACAAAACGUCCCAGUGGUCAUAGAUGCCUCGCAUGUCUAUGGGGCUGACUUCACAACGGCCACGGUUAUAGACUCGCUGAUCAGUGACUUUAACCAGAGGGGACAGCUGCUCUUCUUCUACAACCUCAAGCCGAGCAUCUGCUCCAUUUUCGAGCAGGUGUCGGCGGCUCAGUUCGUGGUCUACUACCAGGAACAGCAGUUGGACGAGCUGCUGAAGGAGCGGAACUACGUACAGAAACGCCUGGAGACGGUCUGAACUCCUCCGCCUCAACACGUGAUACAACAAGAUUAGUCUAAGUUUUUGCUUUAGUUAUUUAUGGUAUUGUAAAUAGAUAGAAGUGUGUAGUAUUAUACAAAGCACAAACCCUAUUAGGUUCUGUAAGCCCAGCAAAUAAGUAUUUUUCUUAAUUACUGAAUUAUAAUGAUACAAAGAGGA